CGCGCCGGCGCCGCUCACACGCCCAUUUCCACCCCACAAGACCCACACGGAAUCCCGGCACCCUACCUCUCCAACACGCACCAGCAUCAUGGCGGUGGCUUCGACCUCGCCGCUAUCCGCCACGGCCCCCUCGCCGCCCGCUCCGGUGUCCGGGUUCCUCGCUCUCCCCGCCCGCCGCGGCUGCGCAACGCGCCUCGGCUCCGCCGCCGCGUGGAGGAGGCUUCGCGUGGAGGCGAUCUGGAAGCAGCAGGAGAAGCAGCGGGCAGAGGUGUCCGUCGAGGAACCCGCCCCCGUCAGGGAGGCCGCCGCGCCCCUGGACGGAGUCGGAGCUGACGACCCCAUGGUUCCUUCCUCGGACGAGAGCUGGGUGGUCAGGCUCGAGCAGUCGGUCAACAUUUUCCUCACGGAAUCGGUGAUUAUACUACUCAAUACCGUGUACCGUGAUCGGAACUACGCCAGGUUUUUUGUGCUGGAGACGAUUGCCAGGGUGCCGUAUUUCGCGUUCAUAUCGGUGCUUCACAUGUAUGAAACCUUUGGCUGGUGGAGACGAGCUGAUUAUCUAAAAGUUCACUUUGCGCAGAGCUUGAACGAGUUUCAUCAUCUCUUGAUCAUGGAAGAAUUGGGUGGCAACGCUAUAUGGAUUGAUUGUUUCCUUGCUCGAUUUAUGGCGUUUUUUUACUACUUCAUGACUGUUGCGAUGUACAUGUUGAGCCCACGAAUGGCAUAUCACUUCUCUGAAUGUGUGGAGAGACAUGCGUACUCCACCUAUGAUAAGUUCCUCAAGCUCCAUGAAGAGGAAUUGAAAACACUACCAGCUCCAGAGGCAGCAUUGAACUAUUACCUGAAUGAGGACCUUUACUUAUUUGAUGAGUUUCAGACAACAAGAAUUCCAUGUUCUAGGAGGCCUAAAAUAGAUAACUUGUAUGAUGUAUUCGUCAAUAUACGAGAUGACGAGGCAGAGCACUGCAAGACAAUGAAGGCAUGUCAAACACAUGGAACUCUUCGUUCUCCUCACUCAAUGCCGAACUGCUUAGAAGCUGCUACAGAAUGUGUAAUACCUGAAAACGAUUGUGAAGGUAUUGUGGACUGUGUCAAAAAGUCCCUUACAAAGUAAAUAGUAUGUAGAAUCCUCUUUCGUGUGUUUUCAGGCAUCAUAGUAUACAAAAGUACAAAUUCUGGAUGAUAUCCUCUCUUUUUUCCUGUGUAUCUUUGUUAAAGCAAAAUCCGGGUCAUAUAUCACACAGAAGUCAGUGUAGAUACAAUUAUGCAACAGAAUCAAAUAUCUAACAUUGAAGAUAUGAGAAU